ACUUCGGGCGUGUUCGGGUUAAUGCGUUUACAGUCGUGGGUUGGUAGAUGCUCAAAAGUGCAAGUUGUUCACAAAGAAGAAGAAGUUGUUGUUUUCCCUGUUCGGCAAGUCGAAUUAACAGAUAAAGAUGUCUAUCCUCGCGUACAACGGUGGCUGCGUGGUGGCAAUGAAGGGCAAGAACUGUGUGGCUAUUGCCACCGAUCACCGGUUUGGCGUACAGGCACAAACCAUUGCCACAGACUUUGAGAAGGUGUUCGAAAUCAAUCCACACAUGUACUUGGGGCUGGUCGGGCUGCAGACAGACAUCCUGACGGUGUACCAGCGGUUGCUGUUCCGGAAAAAUCUGUACGAAGUCCGGGAAAAUCGGCAGAUGACACCGGAACGCUUUGCGGCCAUGCUUUCCAACUUCCUGUACGAGAAGCGCUUCGGGCCGUACUUCAUCGAGCCGGUAAUUGCUGGAUUGGACCCGAAAACGUACGAACCGUUCAUCUGCAACAUGGACCUUAUCGGAUGUCCCAAUCUGCCGAACGAUUUCGUGGUGGCAGGCACGUGUGCGGAGCAGCUGUACGGUAUGUGCGAAACGCUCUGGAAGCCGGACCUGGAACCGAACAACCUGUUCGAGGUGAUCUCCCAAGCGCUGGUGAACGCGUUCGAUCGAGAUGCAAUCUCCGGUUGGGGCGCAACGGUAUACAUCAUCGAGAAGGAGAAGAUAACGGUGAAGAAGCUGAAGACGCGUAUGGAUUAAUGUACGGGGGAUGGUGUGUCGUGGAAGCGUCAGGGAGUGCUUACACUAUGGGGAGCUUUUGUUUACUUGAUUAAUACUUUCCGUUUCAUUUAAGCUCGAUCAGCGAUUGUAAUAUGGCAAAUAAAAUACAAAACACCAUUCUAAA